UGCGUCGUGGGUAAGAAUCUGAAGUCAUUCUUGGACUUAAAGCCCUGUUUGGUAGUCACCCCCUAAUCACUUUGAAAAAAAUCACAAAUUGUAGCUUCUGCGAAUCCAUUCCAAUCCAAACAGGGCAUAAUAGGUUGGUUUUGAGUGCGAUGGCGAUGGCGAUGGCGGGGUUGUAUCGGCGCCUUCUUCCUUCACCCCCUGCCGUCGAUUUCGCUUCCUCUCAGGGCAAGCAACUUUUUCUUGAAGCGGUUCAAAAUGGAACCAUGGAAAGCUUUUACAGGUUGGUUUCAUAUUUCCAAACGCAAUCAGAGCCUGCAUUUUGUGGCCUCGCGAGCUUGUCCAUGGUCCUCAAUGCUCUUGCCAUUGAUCCUGGCAGAAAAUGGAAAGGACCUUGGAGAUGGUUUGAUGAAUCUAUGUUGGACUGUUGCGAACCUCUGGACAAGAUCAAAGCUAGAGGCAUCUCAUUUGGAAAGCUUGUAUGCUUGGCUCACUGUGCUGGAGCGAAAGUUGAAGCCUUUCAUGCAAGCCAUAGCAGUAUCGAUCAUUUUCGUAAAUAUGUCAUGAAAUGUUCAACUUCUGAUGAUUGUCAUGUUAUCUCAUCAUACCACAGAGAGGCUCUCAAACAAACAGGAACUGGUCACUUUUCUCCUAUUGGUGGCUAUCAUGCUGGAAAGGACAUGGCACUUAUUUUGGAUGUUGCACGUUUCAAGUAUCCUCCCCAUUGGAUCCCACUUACACAUCUUUGGGAAGGCAUGAAUUAUGUUGAUGAAUCCACUGGAAAAACCAGAGGGUUCAUGCUUAUAUCAAGGCCUCACAGGGAACCUGGCAUGCUUUAUACUCUGAGCUGCAAACACGAGAGUUGGAAUAGUAUUGCCAAAUUCCUAAUUGAUGAUAUCCCUUUUCUAUUAACAUCAGAGGAUGUGAAAGACAUUUGUAAGGUUCUUUCAGUUAUCGUCACGUCGCUGCCAUCUAAUUUUGAAGAAUUCAUCAAAUGGGUUGCAGAGAUCAGGAGAGGAGAGGAUGGUUCUCCAAGCUUAAGUGUAGAGGAGAAAGCACGACUUUCUGUCAAGGAAGAGAUAUUGAAACAGGUGCAGAGGACAGGACUUUUCAAACAUGUAGCCUCGUUUUUGUCACAUUCUUGCAGCGGACACACACCAACUUCAGGCGAUAGAGACACCUUUCCUGUCAUUGCGGCAAGUGUUUGUUGUCAAGGAGCGGAAAUUUUAGGUGGGAAAAUUAGCUCGUCAGCGGAGUAUUGCUGUCGUGAAACAUGCAUGAAAUGCUGGAAAGCGGAAGAUGACAAGCCAAUAAGAAUGGUUUGUGGCACUGUGGUAAAUGGCAAUACUGAACAAGGGGUUGAUGUGCUGAUUCCUUCAUCAUGUGGGAAAUUAUCUUGCACUUGCUCUAGCACAACCAAGUCCAUAAGGAAGCACCCAGCAAGCACUGAUGUGUUAACUGUGCUUCUAUUGUCCUUACCAACUUCAACCUGGGCCGGUAUCGCAGAUGAGAAGCUUUUGAGCGAAAUUCAUGACCUUGUUUCAAUUGAAAACCUUCCUGCUUUGCUUCAAGAAGAGGUUUUGCACUUGAGACGUCAGCUACACAUUCUCAAGAGAUGUCAAGAGGGAAAGGUAGAUGAGGAUCUUGGUGUACCUUUGUCUUAGCAGCUCCUUCAUUUUGAUUCAUCAGAUAGGUUGAGUUUGAGAAUCAGGGUCUAGCGCCAGAAUGACAAUCUAGCAAAUUUGAUGACUUAGAAACUCGACAAGAUAACCCAUGAUUUGCUAGAUUGUGGUAGAUUUUUUGCUCCUGGUGGAAUGAGACAAUGGCAUGAACAGAGGCCAUCUUUUGGCCUUAGGGAAAAUUGUUAUAUUUCAACUUUAAUUUAUGUUCUCAUUGUAAUACACUAGGAUUAUAUACCCUUACUACUUAGGGAAGAAAAUUUUGGUAGUUAUUUAUCAGUUGCAACACCAAUUGUAAGAGCAGCAACAUUGUACAACAUUGUCUAAUGGAUGACCUUUUGCUUA